AUGUCCUCAUCCGACGCCGAUGAUGCCGUACGACGUCGUAACAAUGCCGUCAAAGAUUAUCGCAGAAAGCUCCUCAAUCACAAGGAACUUGAUUCCAGAAUUCGAUCAGUUCGAGACAAUUUGCGGAAUGCGAAGAAGGAUUUCAAUAAAACAGAGGAUGAUUUGAAGUCUUUUCAGAGUGUUGGACAAAUCGUUGGCGAGGUUUUGAGACCUCUUGAUGAUCAACGCAUGAUUGUUAAAGCGAGCAGUGGACCAAGGUAUGUUGUGGGCUGUCGUAGUAAGGUGGACAAGGAGAAGCUGGCUUCAGGAACUCGAGUUGUGCUGGAUAUGACUACACUAACCAUUAUGCGAAUUCUUCCCCGUGAAGUUGACCCAGUUGUGUAUAAUAUGCUACAUGAAGACCCUGGAAAUGUUAGCUACUCUGCAGUUGGAGGGCUUUCAGAUCAGAUUCGAGAACUAAGGGAAUCAAUUGAACUGCCUCUAAUGAAUCCUGAGCUUUUUCUUAGGGUUGGAAUCAAACCACCCAAGGGUGUUCUUCUCUAUGGACCUCCUGGAACUGGGAAGACAUUAUUAGCGAGAGCAAUUGCCAGCAAUAUUGAAGCUAACUUCUUGAAGGUUGUAUCCAGUGCUAUAAUCGAUAAAUAUAUUGGUGAAAGUUCAAGACUGAUUAGGGAAAUGUUUGGAUAUGCUCGUGAUCAUCAGCCUUGCAUCAUAUUCAUGGAUGAGAUUGAUGCUAUUGGUGGGCGGCGUUUCAGUGAAGGAACAAGUGCUGAUCGUGAAAUUCAAAGAACCCUCAUGGAGCUUCUUAACCAGCUAGAUGGAUUUGAUCAGCUUGGAAAGGUUAAAAUUAUUAUGGCUACAAAUAGGCCGGAUGUUCUUGACCCUGCUCUUCUUCGCCCGGGUCGACUUGAUCGGAAAAUUGAAAUUCCACUACCAAAUGAGCAGUCCAGGAUGGAAGUCCUAAAAAUCCAUGCUGCUGGAAUUGCAAAGCAUGGUGAAAUUGACUAUGAAGCAGUUGUUAAGCUUGCUGAGGGGUUCAAUGGUGCUGAUCUUCGAAAUGUUUGCACUGAGGCUGGGAUGGCUGCUAUUCGUGCAGAGCGUGAUUAUGUAAUUCAUGAAGAUUUCAUGAAGGCUGUGCGCAAAUUGACUGAAGCAAAGAAACUGGAAGCAAGUGCCCAUUACAAUGCGGACUUCGGGAAAGAUUAA